AUGUUCGCCCGGUCUAAACAAAACCCACAGUCUACCAGCGUCGCCGCCAUAUCCGAGGGCUAUGCCCUGGAGUUACGGGGCGUAAGUAAAUCCUUCGGGGCCACGCAAGCGGUUGCCGAUGUCAACAUUGAUUUGCAGCGCGGCGAGAUUUUGUGCCUGCUGGGCCCCAGCGGGUGCGGCAAAACCACCACCCUCCGCCUGAUUGCCGGCUUUGACACCCCCGACAGCGGUGUUGUCAGAAUCGGCAACCGCACGGUGUACGGCGGUGGCGCCAACGAGAGCCCGGAACGCCGACGCAUCGGUAUGGUGUUCCAGGAGGGUGCGCUGUUCCCGCAUCUGACGGUUGAGCAGAACAUUGCAUUCGGUCUGCCGAGGGGACGCCAGCGCAAACAACAAGUCGCUGAGUCGCUGCGCACGGUGGGCCUGGAAGGCUACGGCGAACGGUAUCCCCACGAACUGUCGGGCGGGGUGCUAGAGCAGCAGCACGAUUGCCUGGCCGGGGAGAGAGUCGCUCCAUUGGACUCCCGUAGCGCUGACCUGAUCCUGAUGGACGAGCCGUUUUCCAGCCUGGACCCGGGCCUGCGGGACCAACUGCGUCAGGAUGUGGCCGCCAUCCUGCGCGCGCGCAACGCCACCGUGGUUUGCGUGACUCACGACCAGGAAGAAGCGAUGCAGUUGGGCGAUCGCGUGGCGGUGAUGCAGGACGGGCGCAUCGAGCAACUGGGCUCGCCGGAAGAGGUGUUUCACCAUCCUGACACCCAGUUUGCGGCCGAGUUUUUCGGCACGGCGGACUUGUCCGUGCCGCGUGGCGGAUGGCCAAUAUCGUGCCAGCGAGUUGGGCCGCGUGCCGUGGCCGGGUCUUGCCUGUCAUAA